AUGGCUGAGAAGCUUGGAACGCAAACACUCAUCCACUGUGGCAACAAGCUCUCAUCCUACAUGCACAUGUUUAUAAUGCAUGUAGGAUACUUUCUCGAGCGAUAUGGAAACUUGGAAAGAUACUCUUUGUUCUGUGGAGAGUUUAAACACAAGAAUAACAGAGCGACCAAGAAGGCCAGGUCAAAUUCAUACAGAUACGCAACCUCAAAGGUUGACAAUCAAUCAUCAGAACUUGAUGGACACCUGACAGGAGACAUCAAUCAUCAGCUCAUGUACGCUGAGGCGCAACAUCAGUUCUUCAACAAUCAGCCAUCCCUGACAUACAUGCUUAGUAAUGGCAUUUCUCAUCUCAGGCAGGAGCUGAAGAGAAAGAGAGAAGAGAUACCUCAGCUUUCACCGCCAGAUAUGGAGUCUCUCUUUGGAGUGAGUUCGUUGAACGACAUUCCAGAACCCCCAGCAUCCACUCAGCUCUAUCCUCUAAACACUGAUGUAACAGUCCUUUGUUCAACUCCCAAUCACAAAGGUAAAGAGUACUUUGGAUCGUGGUGGGACGCCACUGUCACUGACUACAACCAUGACACCAAGCUCUACACCGUGAAGUACAAAGAUAAAACAACCUUGGGCAUCAAGUCUACCAGCACCAGCACAACAAGCACUACAAGCACUACAAGCACUACCAGCACUACCGGCACUACCAGGUCCUCGAGAGGCAAGAACAACAACACCACUAGCAAUGCUGGAAGCACCAAAAGGGCCAAGCUCCAAAAACAAUGCCCAAUAUCAAUCCAGAUAGGUGUGUCCAACUCCACACAACUUUAG